AUGGCAGAGCCUGAAGACAGAGAAUCCUCCUAUGAUGAUGAUGACUCGCAGACGAUCGCCGCCCUCUCGGCUCGGAAACGCAGUCGCUCUGAUCCUCGAACUGACCUAUGGGCAGAAGAUGAACCAAUCGCUCUGGUUCGCCACAGGUCCUCGAGACACACUGAAGGAGGAUCUUCAGCUGCUGGCGAAGGCACAUCUGCUUCCCAAGCCCAAGCGCCAACUAUUGUGAACAACUCUCCACCUCCUGCGGGCGCUGCCAGUAGUACACAGUUAUCCUUGAUCCCAGUGCAGAUCAUAGAUGAUAGCUCGCCUGAGGCCGAAGAUAGAGUACCGUUACUGGAUGCACCUCGCGAGGAAUCAAGCGACAUACCCGUCCUGGAACAGAUAGCGCCUGACUCUAUUCCUAUUUCCAACGAAGCUAACCCAAAGGCAAUGCCAGCGGUCGUUGUGCGUGAGCCCCCAGCUGAGGAGUCUGACAAUACCUUCCUUCAGAAUCCAAAUGCCUUCAACACUGAGGAUGCUGUAGCUGAAGCUGUAGAGGCAGAGGCUGUUGAGCCCGCUCUUAAUAUGGUUGGUCAGGAACUUCCUCCCCCUGCCCCCCAAGUCGCUGAAGCCGGAGAAUUGGCAGACCUUCCUGAACCAGUGCCAGAGGCAGCAUCUGUCGCUGAGCCUCCAACUCCCUCCACUCUGGAAAGAUGCUAA